AUGUCAGAAGCAGAGACAGACAAAGCGAAAAUUAGAACAACACCGAGCUUUGAAAAUGACCAGCAAAAUACUUCAACGUUGUUGAAAGAAGAAAAUCAGCUAGCAAUUAAGGAUGAGAAGCCUAUGAAAGGUAUUGUUCUCAGCUCAGUAUCAGAAUUCGGCAUCACGGACGUGCCAUCUAAGGACACCAAAAAUGAAAGAAAACUGUCAGAAUCUAGUGCAUCUACACUGUCGUCCCUGGAGAAAUGCAGGACACAGUUCAGCUACCUUGAAGAUGAUGCAUCUGUCCACGAGAGGGACAGUAAUGAUGAAUGUGCCACACUCAUCUUGGCCUGCUUGUUCUGCCAGUUUUGGGACUUUCUGUUCAUGUUGCCCGAUGUCUGUGAAAAUUGGUUGACCAAUGUGUGCUGCCCUUCCCAUAGAUAUUACCAAACCUCAGGCGACGACACAAACAACGGCGACUGCAGCUGUGAUUGUGACAUUGAUUGCAGCAUCCUUGAGUCUUGUCAUGAAACCAGCGAGUGUCUGGAGCUGGCCCUGGAGAUCUCUCAAGUCUGUUAUCACUAAUGUAAAACAGUUGGCGGCAUGUCCAAGAACCAUCCCUGCUGAAGCAGACCUAGUUCCCCGAAGGAUAUACUCGUUUAAGGCAGAAUAAUAGCAGUAAAUAAUAAAUAAACAACAUGUAUGAAGAGAUCCUGUUUGCUAGCCGGGGUUGUGUCAAUGC